AUGGAUCCUCAAGACAACAGCCUCUGGAAAACGCAGAGGGCCCUGCGACUGCCCGCCCCACGCAUAAUUCCCCCAAUCCACCUGCCCGACGAGGACGAGGAAGUCGAUGUGGCGGCCAGGGGCGCGGGCCGACGCGUCAGCAGAAAGGCAGACAAUGACAUCAUCCAGCCAGCAACCCUAGACCAACUCAGACAAACAAUACGACACUUAAGAAACAGAAAAGCCGGACCCAACCAAAUACACAAGAUUACACUAAAAAGACUAUCACACAUCAUCAUGAUUACGCAUCCACCGACAUCGUUGUCCUGCCGGUGUCGUGUGGGUCAGUGUGAAAAUGGCCAAAGCACCUUCCCGGCCAGCUACCGAUGGUUGGGGUUGACGACGGAUAAGGCCCACCUUCACCUUACAGCGAUGAGGCAGGGCAAAGAGGGUUGGGACAAACAAUCAUAUGGAUAUCAUGGAGAUGACGGACAUUCAUUUUGUUCAUCUGGGACUGGACAGAAAUAUGGACCUACUUUUACAACUGGAGAUGUUAUUGGUUGUGGCGUAAAUCUUAUUGACAACACAUGUUUUUAUACAAAAAAUGGACACCAUCUAGGAACGGCUUUUACAGAUUUACCUCCUAACUUAUAUCCUACAGUGGGCCUACAAACACCAGGAGAAGUAGUAGAUGCAAAUUUUGGACAAGAACCCUUUAUGUUUGAUAUAGAAGAUAUGAUGAAAGAAUUAAGAUCUCGAACAAGGCUUGAAAUUAAUGAUUUUCCUGUACCUGAAAGUCAAGGAGAAUGGCAGGCCAUAUUAAAUAAAAUGGUGUCUACAUAUCUAGUACAUCAUGGGUACUGCAACACUGCGGAAGCUUUUGCCCAUAUUACCGAGCAACCUUUUAAUGAAGAUGUAGUUUCAAUUAAAAAUCGUCAAA